AUGAAGCUCAGUACAUUCAUCACGCCUAUGCUGGCAGCCGCUACCGCUCUAGGCGUGUACGAGCCCUACGGCGGCCAUGUCGUCCACGUCAUCGAAUUCCCAGAUCUUACCGCCAAAGAAGAUUACCAGGUCUCGGGCAUGCACUGGGACUUCUAUACGGGCUACUGGAUCUUUCUCGCCACCAGACGCGGCGCUGAAGAGCUCCGCGACACUGAGAUGUCGGGCAACACUUACCUCAUCAAGUACGACCUCUACAAGAGCGAAGUUAUCUGGACUCUCAACCUGGAAGACAGGAUGAAGAGUAACUCGGGCCAGAGAAGAUGGGGCGGCUUUUACGGGAUCAUUAUCCGUACCUUUGGCGACGCCGGGUUUCCAAUGAUCUGGUGGAUGGGGUCGGGGCCAGCGGGGCUUGUAAAGAUCAGUGGCCUAGCCAACAUGCGCGACUCCAGGGUGCUCCUCAUUCACGGCAGCAACGGCCUGAUCGGCUACCUCGACAUGUUGCGGGACUUCGGCGCGGAGCCGGCUGACUGGCUGGAAAGCUCGUACGGGAACGUGCGAAUUCGCGACGUCCAGAGCAUCACGCUCCCACCAAAGUACGCGGACAAGGUGGCGCUGCUGACCUCGCCCACGCGGGGCGUGCAGGUGAUGCAAAACUUUGGAUGGAAGUGGACGAAGGACGACUGGCUAAACCACCGCCACUCGGUCCAGCACACCCACGGCGUGCUCGUGCCGCCGGCCGACACCGAGAAGAACGGACAACCUUGGGAGACGGUGCAGGUCGGAUCCAACAGCGUCUUUGUGCUGUCCAGAUUCAAGGACGGACAAAAAAGAAGAACGGGAACGACGAGAAUUUCUGGCGUUUUGAGGACAUCACCAAGCUGA